UCGCCUUUUCCUUUUCAUUCUCCAGUUACACGAGAAGUUAUGCUCUUGUCGUAUCCAUGUCCUUCUCAGGGGCCACUGUGAUAAUGCUUGGAAUUGACUGCUUCACAAGGGCAGGUCUCAAAGAAUUCUGGUUGUAUCUGUGGGUUUCCCUAUUAACACGACCAACUACCCGCUCACCAGAGGCAUCAAGGCGGAGGUCGCGCUCAUUAUUCUAAUCUUCUUGAUGGGCGCCAUGUCUCAGUUUAAGCUUCUAAAUGUCAUUAAACGACGACGCGCAAAGAAGGAGCUGGACCGUCAACGACACGCAGAAAUGCGUGAACAAGAGGAGAACGAAAUAGGUCGAAGAAUGCAACAGGACCUCGUUAAAGAAGUCGCGCAGUGGGAAAAUCUUUACGGGAAUAAAUCGCGUGCCGAGGCGUGCGAUUCGAGCAUUACCGAAUCCGACGGCUCCCAGAAAUAUUCAAACAGCGCAGAUCAAUUGCACAAAUCUCAUGGACACGACAUCGAACUUGCCGACAUGCCACAGGCAUGGAGCGGACCGUCGUCUGGCGCCACUUCUCGGAGGAUAAGCGAUACUUUAGGAGCUCAGAGCAACGGCCGAAGUACGAGGCCAGUUUCGGUUAAUCGAACCCAGUCGGGCCAGAACAGUGGUCCAAGUACGAGGCCAGUCUCCGUUAAUCGGAAUCAGUCAGUCCCAAGCAGCGGCGCAAAUACGAGGCCAGUUUCGGCUUAUCAGAGUUUGCCAGUGCAGAGCAACGAUCCAACAAUGAGGCCGGUUUCGAUGAAUCGCAGUCAGUCAACACCGCGCGUCAGUGAAAAAGGCACCUCGACACGGAAUGGUCUACUGAGAGUAUCGACUGCUAGUGUAAGUAGGAACACUAGAGGAGAUGAUCGAAACUCAAUAGCCGUUGGCCCUAAACAGUCAUCUGCGAGAAGCUCGGUACGGCUGUCUAGCUCUUCUCCUGCUAUCUUGCCGCUUCCCCUCGCUGCUAUCCAAAGGCGAAGUCGUGUCGAGGAAGAGCAGGCAUCUAUUUCAACCGCACAAGAAUCGACGCAAGAGGUUAGACACGGAAUAAAGCGAAUUUCUGGCGCAUCGGCCUUUAAACGGCUGUCCACGGUAUCCAGCAGGCCAGACCCAGCAGAGUCACAAGAGGAUCUUAUCCCUUCCGCCGAUGACAACGACAACGAUGACGACAGAGCUUCCUCCAUUGCUGCGACGUUAGAUGAAGAGGAGAUUCUCGACUCGGCCGCUUCAGCCCUCUCCUUACCAUUAUCGGUUGUGGAGGAGGGAAGCGGCUCUCAGAAAGAUGCGGCGGAUCGCGCAGGGCAAGGUAGUCAAUCAUCGGGCGGUACUGGCACCCACCCUUCAGGCCCUGGCGCCACAGAUCAUGCGACUGAGGAAUCAUCGGAGACUUUACUAUCAGCCGGUCCUCAGAUCGAGAUCAGCAAAGAUGGUAGUGAAGGGAAGUGGUUGGUGCAUGGUGGGCUAUCCAAAGCCGAGAACAAAAUCGAAGACGGCGAAGAGCGCAUUAAAGCAGGAAAUCGAUCGAAACGACCCAAAUCUGGCGUCUCAGUCGCGCAGUCAGAUGCAGCCCGCCCAGUAUCAGCGUCCGGAAGUUUGAAGGAGCAUCUUCCCGACAAGCUCUCGAAGGCUGCCAUGCUCUACCGAACCAACGAAUGGACCAAGGGGUGGGAGGUCGCAGAGGCCCCUGAGGAGGAUCGGCUUUCUCGCAGCUCUUCGCCUGGCAUCCAAAUCGAUCCUGCAUUCGUCUAUGCCGCACAGGCGGAGGCGAACAAACCAAUCGUGUCCCCUGUGGUUGACAUGCGAGACCACGUGGAAGUGCCAGGCCUCGUACGGCAGUCGUUGGUGCGACCCAGUUCCGCAGAGCCAUUUCACCGUAAUUCUAAGAACAUGUCUGGAUUGCGAACUUCAUAUAGCAACGCUCCUUUCCCGGAGCUACAGCGCCCAUCAUUAGCUCUGCACGCUCAUGCGAACCAGCGGCUUGCGGGACUUUCGCAGCAGAACGUCCAUGUUCGGGCGAAUUUAGGCAAACGAAUGUCAUCCGCGCCACUGAUGUUGUCGGGGGCACUGCAACCGGCUAUCGACGAGGCUAAUGAGGCAUCCUUCGCUCGCUCGUCUACUCCGACACUUCACUUGCCGGCUAGCCUCCGCCUAUCCCAAUCCGCCUCCCCUAUGCUGCUCCCUCGCGCGAGCAAUACCUCAUUGAACCAGCAAUCCCGCUUUUCCGGCGACCUGCAAAGCUUUGACUCCCACCAGCCGAAAGGGCACUCCGGUUUCGAUGCCCAGAGACGCGAUACAAAUCUCGCGGUCUGGCGCUCAUCGAUGUCCCAGCUUAACCGGCUUCAAACGCCCAUCGUUGAUGACGGGAGACGGACCGCGAUGAUCCAGGAACAAAGAAUGAGGCAAAUGGAAGAGAUGCAAAAGAAAUCGGUGGCUGCGUACCGAAACAGCGUGUUUGAUGUCCAAAUGCGCAGUGGAAAUAUGAUAGGAGCACAUCGUGACGUUCUGCGAAGGAUGCAAGAGAAGGCGAACAAGAAUGCUUGAAAUCCCUGAGAUGUUCCCUGUGUCUGGUUCUUUUAGCGUGGCGUUUGUGUAGGAUGUCGAAUUUGGCUGACAAAGGCAUCAAAGACCAUGGCGCGGGUUACGUGGUCUCGAAAACGCCGGCUAACUGGUACAAAUCCAUGUGGGUAAUUCUAGAACCUUGUCUCAAUAUUCCCUGGGGCUACAGAAAUGAAAUGUGCAUCCGUAUUCGCAAC